AUGAUGCUUUAUCACUUGACCAUAAUGCCAGAUUCAACAACUGUUGAGAAGUUGAAGGUGAAAUUGUCAGGCAAAGGAGGUACUUCGAUUUGUCUCAGAGAAAAUCUUCUACUUAUAUGCCAACAAGAAAGAGAUUUACGGGUAUGGGAUCUUGAGACAGAAGAAAAUGGUACCAUCUCAUUGCAGUCAUCAAAAGGAUUCGAUGCAGACGAUGUCAUCCUUUGUGUAGAUUACUCCAAGCGUAAAGGAAUGAUUUCUGCUGGUACAAUGAAAGGAAAAGUGGCGAACUGGAAACGUCGACCUGGUGAAUCAUCUGUGGAGAACACUUGGCGCCUACAGCCCAGUAAUCAACUUCCAGGAAAGAUAACGUCAAUUGAAUGGUGCCCGAUGUAUUCUGCUCUAGCAGUGAAUACAGGCGAUGAGCUGACGAUACUACAGGAGGAGAAUAAUAUAAUUUGUUUAAGGAAUAAAAUAGCAGCAAUUCAAAGCGGAACUUCAUCAUUCGUUCUCAUCAACGUCUUGACUUCUGUUCAUCAAGAUCUUAAGCUGAAAUUCCAAGCGAAAGGAAUCUACGUGCAAGAGAAGCAGCUUGUAGUUUGGAGUGAGGAUACGGUGAUGACGUACGACGUGCAAACGUCUCUGGCUACUAUUCCAUCAGCUGCGUUCACCUGUCGUGCUGAAGACGUGGUAAUCAAUAACCAAACUCUCUACUGCAUUGAAGGUGACAAAAUCAAUGUCCGAACUAUCCAGGGAACCGUCCGCCAGAUUCUCUCACUUCCCGAAAUGGAAGGUGAUCCAAUACAAUUUCAUUCAAGCCGUCACUGGUUGGCUGUAGCGACAUCGUCUGGAUUCUUGAGGAUUUACAACAUCAGCGGGAAAGAAGCACGUCAGGAGCAUCAUUCAAAAUAUGUGGUGGAGGCAUUGGACGAGUUUCAUCGAUUUCUUUCCAUGAAAGUGAAUGUGGCUGGAAAUAGAAUCGCCUGUACUUAUUAUGCUACACCUACAAAGAUCGGCGACAAAAUUCUCGUAUGGGACGCCGAAGGUGACCUGGUUGUCCAUUUCUCUUUCCUUUUGGGGAUGACCGAUCAACAACAGUACGAGGCAGAAGCCGAAUUGGCCAGUUCACAAGGCCGGCCAGUCACAGCUGCGGCAAGGAAAAUGGGACGCGAACAAUCGCGAUUCCGCUUGCCAAUGCACGAACCUGGACCGAUAUUUUGGGAUGAAACUGAUGAUCGAUUCCUUGUUUGUCAUGCUCAGGCAUCAUCACAGCAUGUUGACCUCUCACGAAAGUCUCACGCUUGCGACAUUUUGGUCGGCGUCUCGGUACCUCAUCUGUACUUCUUGAAGAAGAUGGAAUUCGAAGAGGAAGAAGUUCGAGGUGAAAAGUCCAUUGGCCGGUAUUUAAUUGCUCGUUCAUUGCGGGAGUUUUCUGGUGUCGAAAACUGUGACGAAUCGACACGAAAAGGAAUGAUGGAUUUUUGUUACUAUCUUACAAUAGGUCAGAUGGAUGAAGCCUUCAAAGCAAUUCGUUUCAUCAAAAGUGAAAGCGUUUGGGAGCACAUGGCGUCGAUGAGUGUGAAAACCCGACGUUUGGACGUAGCCAUUGUCUGCCUGGGCAACAUGAAGAACAUCCGUGGAGCUCGAGCUCUUCGAAAAUCACAGGAAGCUGGAGAGAGUGAAGCAUUGCAGUGCGCAGCUUUGGCCGUAGAGCUUGGCAUGUUGGACGAAGCAGAAGCGAUUUACGUAAAUGCAGGAAGAUAUGAUAUGGUGAACAAGAUCCAUCAAGCACAGAAUGCCUGGAAUCAGGCGUUUGAAGUCGCCUCUCGAUACGAUAGGAUUCAUCUGAGAAAUACUCAUUACAACUAUGCUAAGUAUCUGGAACGAGCUGGGGCCCUCGAGCCCGCUAUAGAGAACUUCGAAAAAUCUGGAACUCAUCAUUUCGAAGUGCCUCGAAUGUUCGCCGACAGUCCUAAGAUUCUUGAAAGUUAUGUAAGGCGCAAAAAGGAACCGGAACUCCAUGCGUGGUGGGCACGAUAUCUGGAAAGUAUUGGUGAACUCGAUGGUGCUAUUUCUUUCUACAGUGCUGCAAAGGACAUACUGUCGCUAGUACGGAUUAAAUGCACCCAGGGAAAGGUGGACGAGGCUGCUUCAUUAGCUCUGGAAAGCAACGACCGUGCUGCCUGCUUUCACCUUGCUCGUAUUUAUGAAGCUGAAGAGAACUAUUCAAAAGCAGUUGACUUCUAUACAAGGGCACAUGCUUACAAUAGCGCAAUCCGUCUCGUCAAGGAGCAUGACAUGCGAGAUCUUCUAGCUAAUCUUUGUCUUAUGGCAGGUGGAAGUGAAAUUGUUGAAGCAGCACGAUAUUUUGAAGAUAUCCCAGGAUACGUUCAUCAAGCUGUCAUGCUUUAUCAUAAGGCUGGAAUGGUAGGACGAGCUCUCGACUUAGCUUUCCGAACAGAACAAUUCAGUGCCCUCGAUCUCGUCACAAAAGAUCUGAAUGCUGAAAGUGAUCCGAGCGUCCUGAAGUGUCAAUGCCUGAAUAUUGAGUUCUUUAGCGUGCAGCAGAAUUCUUUUCAAACAACCAAAACUACGAAAAAGCUGUUGAACUGCUUUGUAUGGCAAAAGAGGCGAUUCAAUGAUGCCAUCGAGUUGUGUCGUACAAGGAACGUCAGGCUGACGGAUAAGGUUUCCGAGCUGAUGACACCUACAAAAGAGACGACACCGAAUGACAAUGAGCGAAAACGUUUGCUGGAGAAUAUUGCUGAGCUCGGGGUGCAACAGGGAAAUUACCAAUUCGCGGCCAAAAAAUAUACCCAAGCUGGUGAUAAACUACAGGCUAUGCGAGCUCUUCUGAAGUCCGGUGAUACUCAGAAAAUUGUGUUCUUCGCGAAUACGGCAAGAAACAAGGACAUCUACAUACUAGCAGCAAAUUAUUUACAGACAACUGAUUGGCAAGGAAAUGCCCAGGUCAUCCGCGAAAUUGAAACUUUCUAUUCAAAAUCACACUCCCAUCUCCACCUGGCCAGCUUUUACAAAGCUUGUGCUUUUGUAAGUAUUUCAUUGAAAAUGAUUGUAGUGACCAACUUUUUGCAAGUGAAGCCCAAAGAAAGCCAAAGACAUGAUCAAGAGAAUUUGAUCGUUCCAUUCAGAUGGAGGUUGAAACAUUCAACGAUUUCACAAAAGCUGCUGAGGCACUGGAACAUGCUGCAAGAACCAUCGACAGGGGGCUUCAAGAGGCCACCGACAGUGCCGCUUCAACUUCAACUAUCACUGGACUGA